CACACACAAGAGCAAAGCUGCACAAGGCGCGAGGCGGAGGCAUGGCCAAGACGGGCGAGAGAACAGUCAACAUCCAGCCAGACUUUGCGCAUCAUACAUUCGCCUUUGACGGCUUCUUGUGCACGCAACACCGCUUCGAAGUCGCUGUCCGCCGCCCAAUAUGCCUCUCUUUUCGCCAAAGCGGCACCUGUCCCAACGGCCCAGCGUGUCCAGACAAGCACAUCAAUACCUCUGCGCACGCUCAGCAAGGCCGGCUCAACUCUGUUGUCUGCAAGCACUGGCUGCGUGGUCUAUGCAAGAAAGCCGACGCUUGUGAGUUCCUGCACGAGUACAACAUGCGACACGUCCAAGAAUGCAAGCAGUGGAAGGAGCAAGGGACCUGUGGCAAUGCAGAAGACUGUUUGUAUGCUCAUCCUGCGCUAGGCUCACGUAACGGUGUCUGCGACUGGUACAAACUAGGCUACUGCCCUCUUGGUCCCGACUGCAAGCGUAAACAUAUUCGUCGCGAGCCAUGUAUGUGCUACUUGACGGGCUUCUGUCCAUACGGGCUCGACUGCAAGCAUGCGCAUCUGCAGUUCCUUGUUCCGCUCAAGGCUCCUCCUGCGAUCCCCAUGACCGCUGCUUAGUCUUUGCUUCAUCCAUGAUCGACAUCCGGAGCCAGUGUCGCCAGUCGUUCUGCAGCUUACACAACGAUGAAAGGACUGGCAUUUCCAUUGAAGUCAGUUCUAGUCUUGUUGCCAUUGCUAUGCUCUUGCACUGGGUCUCGCAUGGGUCAUUGUACGCCAAAGGCUUGUUGCACGGUGCACGGCAGAGACGAGAAGAAGUCGAGUGAGGAGAGAAGCGAACGGC